GGACAGGAAACGACGGAGACGCGCAGCGUGUCUCCUCCUCAGCUCCAGGAGAGAGAGAGAGAGAAGAAUGGGAAAGGGACUGGGAAUGUAUAUCUAGAGGAGGCAGCGUGUGAAAACAUGACAAGGGGCAGUUUUUAGCUGUAGUCCUGUUUGAAACAGAUAAUUACGCAUAUCACAUCAGGAGUUUUCCUUCUUUUUGCCCCUAGGGACAGGGAUAUUUGGCUGCCAUUGGAGAACACCGGGGAAAAGAGGAGUCGCUUUGUGAAUCCCAUUUGGCUGGGAUAAGAGCCCAGUCACAGAGCGGAGUGGUGGUUUCAUCUGACCUUUAACCUCAGUAGGAAGAAGGGAAAGGCCACUUCAGAGAUGGAGCAGGUGUCAGAUGAUGAGCUGGACCAUGGCGCAGAGGAGGAUAGCGACAAGGAGGACCAGGACCUGGACAAGAUGUUUGGAGCCUGGCUGGGAGAGCUGGACAAGCUCACACAGAGUCUGGAUGAUGGCAGGCCCCAGAAGGCGCUGCAGAAGCCUCCUCUCAGACAGGAGACAAACAUGGCCAACUUCUCCUACCGCUUCUCAAUGUACAACAUAAACGAGGCGUUGAACCAGGGCGACACAGUGGACCUGGACGCCCUGAUGGCCGACCUGUGCUCCAUUGAGCAGGAGCUCAAUACCAUUUCCAAACCAAGCUCCACAUCUCGUGGCCAAAGCAAGGGCCAGCAGCGGGCCCCUGGGGGGCGCAGUGCCAGUACCAAGCACACAGGCACGAGUGGAGGGGGAAGCAGCGGAGGAAGUGCCAGUAGCAGUACCCGGGCAUCCCCAGCCAACACUGUACGAAGCAACAGCAGCAGCGCCCGCCCUGCAGCCUCCAACAUCUCCCUGGCUGACAUUACCUCUCAGCUGGAGAAGGCCUCCCUGAGCAUGGAUGAAGCGGCACGUCAGACUUCUUCCUCUUCUUCCACCUCCUCCUCAUCUUCCUUCUCCUCCACCACGCUGCGGCGGCCCUCUUCCGGAUCGUCCGGUGGGGGAGGACAGCACCGUAGGACAGGCUCAGUGGGCGCAGUCAGCGAGCAGGAAGCUCCUUCCCAGCGGUCCAGUGUAAACUCGGCAUGUGCCUCAGCAUCCAGCAUGGACUCGCUGGACAUCGAUAAAGUGACGGCGGGCGGAGAGGUGGAGGGCCAGAGCAGCCCGAGCACGCAAGGACAGAACCAGACCAGCACAGAGCAUGUCACACUGCGACGGGCCAGACGGCAUCUUAACUUCACCUCACGAGAGGGUGAAAUGGAUCAGGCCACUCACUCCUAUCUGGACCGAGAAACCUCGCUCAUUCUGAAAAGCAUAGCUGGAAAGCCUUCUCACCUCCUGACCAAGGAGGAGCAGGCUGCCAAAUUGAAGGCAGAGAGGAUACGAGUCGCCCUGGAAAAAAUCAAAGAGGCACAGGUCAAAAAGCUGGUGAUCAGGGUCCACAUGUCAGACGAGAGCUCCAAGACCAUGAUGGUGGAUGAGCGGCAGACAGUCAGGCAGGUGCUGGACAGCCUGCUGGAUAAGUCCCACUGUGGCUACAGCCCUGACUGGUCUCUUGUGGAAACCAUCAAUGAACUACAGAUGGAGCGUAUCUUUGAAGAUCAUGAGAACUUGGUGGAGAACCUUUUAAACUGGACCCGGGACAGCCACAACAAGCUAAUGUUCAUCGAACGCAUUGAGAAAUACGCUCUUUUCAAGAACCCUCAGAACUAUUUGUUGGGGCGGAAAGAGACAUCUGAAAUGGCUGACAGGAAUAAGGAGGCUUUAUUAGAGGAGUGUUUCUGUGGCGGCUCUGUGUCAGUACCGGAGAUAGAGGGUGUCCUGUGGCUGAAAGAGGAUGGGAAGAAGUCAUGGAAGAAACGUUACUUCCUCCUCAGGGCGUCAGGAAUCUACUACGUCCCCAAAGGCAAAGCCAAGGCAUCUAGAGAUCUUGUGUGCUUCCUCCAGUUGGACCAUGUUAAUGUGUAUUAUGGCCAGGACUACCGCAGCAAAUACAAGGCUCCUACCGACUACUGCCUGGCCCUAAAGCAUCCACAAAUCCAAAAGAAGUCACAGUACAUCAAGUAUCUGUGCUGCGAUGAUGUCAGGACCCUGCACCAGUGGGUGAACGGAAUUCGCAUCGCCAAGUAUGGGAAACAACUAUAUAUGAACUACCAGGAGGCCAUGAAGAGGACGGAGGCAGCCUACGAUUGGUCCUCGCUCUCUACCUCCAGCAUCCGAUCAGGCUCCAGUUCUGCCAGCAUACCUGAGUCCCAGUCAAAUCACUCAGGCCAUUCCGACAGUGGGGUUGACACAGGCUCGUCUCAUGGCCGGUCCCAGAGUGUGGUGAGCUCCAUUUUUUCCGAGGCCUGGAAGAGAGGUACCCAGAUCGAGGAAAACACCAAGCAUAUGAGGAUGGAGGCAUCCAGAUCGGGCACCCUGCCGCAUGGCUCUCACAGUCACCGACAUCACAGCCAGCAUUCAGUUGAUCACCCGGCCCUGACGCCCCCUCCCCAGCCUCAGGUGCAGCCGCAGCCUCAGCCUCAGCCCCAGCUCCAGCCGCAGCCUCAGCCUCAGCCCCAGCUCCAGUCGCAGCCUCAGUCGCAACUGCAGCCUCAGUCUCAGCCGCAGCCUCAGCCUCAGCCUCAGCCGUACCAACAGCACCAACCACAGCCUCAGCACCAGUCAACAUACCCCCAGACACCAACCCAGCCACAACACCAGUCAACAUACCCCCAGACACCAACCCAGCCACAACACCAGCACAUGCCUCCUCAGUCUCCUCAGCAGGCCCCGCAGCCUCCACCUCAGCGCCCUCAGCCAACACCACAGUCUCCACAACAGUCACAGACCUGCAACAACUACAGCCAUAUGCCCCCGCAGCAGCAACAGCUGGCGCCUCCACCCCCACCUCCUCCUCCGCCGCCUCCCCCUCCUCCACCGCCACCAGUUCAGAUGGUGUCACACCACUCACCAGCUCCAACCAUGUACAAGUACAGCACCAUCACCAGGCUGCAGAACCAGAAGGCGUUCCCGGGUGGCAACCACAAGCUUCCCGCUCAUCUUCAUGCAACAGCUCAGCAAGUUCUCCCCCCAAUUCCAACACCACCUGCAGCACAGGUCAAACCAAUCAAUGUGAAUCACAUUGCGGCAAGGACUAAUGUCCCGCCUCCACCUCCACCUCCUCCUCCCCCUCCACCAUCCAUGCCAACCCCUGGGUCAGCCAUGGCUGUAUUGAGGCUGGGACCUCCCAGCCCAGCUUCACUCCCACCUGCCUUCAUUCCUCCACCCCCAGCACCUCCACCUGCUCCACAGACCAAUGGAGUAGCAUUUCCUCCCCCUCCUCCUCCUCCCCCUCCACCCCCCUUUGAACCGGCUCCUAUGAGCCAGCCCGUUUACAAUAACGGGCUGAAGCAGGCACUGAAGGAAAGGUUUCCUAGCCCCCCACGGGACCUCCUUUCUCCCAACGGAGGCCUUGAGGAGUCUCCACCACCUGCCCCUGCUCCACCACCCCCACCUCCUCCACCCCCACCUCCACCACCGCCACCUCCUCCUCCUCAGCAGUUCCCAGUGCCAUCCCAGUUCCCGCCCCCUCCUGCACCGCCACCAGCGCCACCCAAAACUUUUACCCCAGGCUUUGUCCCUCAUACUGCUCCUAAACCAGUGUCACCUGUCUCCCCAUUCCCCCCUGCCCCACCUCCUGCUGUCCUCGGUGGCCCAGCUCCGCCACCACCUCCACCCCCUCCUCCACCUGCACCCUUCAAGAAGCAGUUCAGCCUCCAGGCAAGCCACACCUCUAGUCAUCCACCUCCAACUCUGCCCAAGCAGCACAGCCUGUCAAAGCCGACAUCCAUCUCCACGGGAGGAGCUUCAACCAUGUCCUUGGUGAAACAACUUGCAAGUCAGUUUCCAGGAGCCCCAUCCCAAGUAGCCAAUAACACAGACAGCCCCAAAGCCCCGCUCUCCCCACCUGCAGUCAAGACCAAACCAAAAUGGCAGCCUGGAGGAGGCCAACAGCUGCAGUCUCCAGAGUUCCCUCCUCCUCCACCAGACAGCAAUGCUGGCUUCCCAGCUCCUCCUCCUCCUCCUCCUCCUCCUCCGCCACCUCCUCCAGCUCCUGUCACAGGCCCAACUCCGCCUCCUCCUCCCCUCCCUCCUGGAAAUCUGGGCUCCCCCACGAGGAGUUCGCCCUCCUUCAAUUUAGGAGGCAAGAAACCUCCUCCCACUCCUCAGAGGAACUCCAGUGUAAAGUUCAACGCCUCAGCUUCCUACGAGGAAUCCAGGAGAAACUUGCUCAGCAAGUUUGCCCCACAGAAGGGCACCCCUCCCUCCUCCCCAUGUCCCACCUCCUCCUCACCUUCCAAAGACCCCUCAACUGGACCCCCUGCUCCCCCAAAACCAGGCAAGCUCAACCUGGCCAACCUUCCCAUGGCUCUCCAGGCCAAGGUGAGCCAAGUCAAGCAAUCCAGCGGAGACUUCCCCUCCCCACCACCUGAUUGCGCCUACUUCCCACCUCCUCCACCAGCCUCUGAGCUCUUCCCCCCUCCUCCACCACCUGGUAGUGAUGCCCACAGCGGAGGACCUCCGAGAGUAGCCGUGGUCAACCCACAGCCCCAGGCUCCUCCUCCUCCUCCGCCUGUCUCCCUUGUCAGCAACUCAACAUGGGGGAAGAGUUCACUGAAAAAGACUCCUCCACCCACACUCGUGAAGCGCAGUAACACCACCCCAGAGCCCCCUCCACUCUCACCACCUCCACCCACCUCCCCAAAGGGCAGCUCUGGCCAGCCAAAUUUCUUGGCAGAUCUCAACCGGACACUGAAGCGAAAGUCGGUGGGUCGCCAGGGUUCUCUCAACUCAGCCGGUCUCGCGGGCAAGUUGGACCCUGUGGGGACUAUGGACGACAUGGCACUGCCUCCACCACCCCCUGAGCUGCUGCUUGACCAAGGAAAGCAAAGCAACGGGGGAAAUGGCGGCUAUAUGUCCGGAAACAUCUCAGGCUAUGCAACGCUACGAAGAGGACCCCCACCUGCACCACCCAAACGGGGGGACACCACCAAACUUACUGGAGAGUGUUGAACUUGGAGAUCUGGACACAGUAAAGAUGGACAAAUAGACAAUGAGUAAAUAUAUGGAAGCAAACAUAAGCAAACUCCUGAAUUCCAUCUGUCCGCUUGGGAUCAUAAUGAUAAAUGGAUGACUGUGUAUAUACUAAAACCCAAACCAGACCAUGAUCAAUUAGUGUUUGCUAAUUAUUUUUAUCAUGCUUGGCAUUCUGGGUCUGUGGGGUCUACAAUACUGGGACAAUUAAGACUGGAGCAGGUAAGUUUAAGGUCACAGAAAAGUUUCUGUGAUUGUCUAAACUCUCUGGGAGACAUUGUUUUACCCUGUAUGGUAAACCUCACCCGUCUGGUACACCAAGCAGAUUUAAAUAAACAUUAAUAAGAAUUGUGCAAAUAUUACUGGAUCCAGGUCUGAGCCAAACCAUGUAUCCGCUUCUUUGCCAUAAGUUUGUGCCACGUACUGGAGACAAAAAAAAAAAAAAAAAAAAAAAACAAGACAAAAAACACAUCAGGAUCUUUCUGCUUUGGUACUGCAUGGACCUCAUGUAAGGACAAGCUGGUGUGUGCAUGAGUGAGAAAGAGAGACUGCGUAUGCAUACAUGCAUCGUGUGCAUGCAUGUAUGUAUGGUUAUAUGGUGAUGAAGUAGUUAGGGAAGGCCUUCGUGGAGCGGGGACGGUUCGGGUUUGCUUUUAUAUAAAAUUAUUUAAUGAUUGAUAAAUGGAAGGAUUUUUUUACAAGUCUGUCUUUUAACAGCUGGUCAACAAAGUCUACAGAGGAACACAACGUUAGGGCACAAUGGAAUGUAUAGGGUAAGGCAUAUUUGGAAAAAAAAAUACAGGAAUCACACACAUGAAGGCAAUGAUUCAGUAAUAAAAAAUAAAAAAAAAAGAUUUAAUAAAAAAAACAUUAAAAUCUCAAACUUUUCUAGACUGUUUCACCACUAUGAGGAAGCCUUACUCCCAAAGUCUUGCACAGAGGUCAAAGCAGAAAGGAGAUUUCUUCCAAAGGUUCAGCGGAGUCUGGACUGUGCAACUGGAAAUAAAAUCCACUUUUUAUUUAAUGGACGUCUGUAAAUGAAGAGGGGAGGGGCCUGUGAUGGUGUAUCUUCGUGGACUGUGUGAGUUUCCCCGUGCGUUGGCUUGAUUUUUGGACCUUAUCCUUCAGUUUGUGUCUGUACAGUCGCAGCUGCUACUCCGUUAAAUGUCAGUCGCCCCCCCCGCCGCCUUCUUUAAGUCACACGGUGUUACAAAUCAGGAAGUAGAAUGUACAGAUUGGAUUCAGUCAUGUGAAGUAUACCCAGUUUGAAAAAGAUACAUUUGUCUGGUUAAUGUACAGAGCAUCAUGUAGUCGAUAACAGAAAUCAUCUGACUGGCAUUAGACUGAAUGUUUUCAACUUUGUGUGUCUGUUCUAUGUUGUUUCUUUAAGGUGCCAUUACUGCUUCAACUGAGGUGCACAGAGUGGAUCAUGAAGGGUUUUAACUUCUAGCAGCAAUGCCUUAAUUUUUAGGGUGCUAGUGCUGUCCUUCAAGGAAACUCGAUCUCAACACGUCCCUGUGUGCCAGGAUGACAUAUCAUUACUAUUUCAGAUUGGUUCUUAAUUGGUUUAUCGUGUGGAAAUGUGUUGUGAAAAUGGUUUACACGACCAUUAUAAUCCACAGGUUCAUUGAGCUUAUCAUGAAGCUGGUUUUGGUCGUUUGCACACGAGCCAAGUUUAACAUGCUGUUCUUUUGUCCUACUCCACUACGGUGGUGCGAUCGCCACCAUCUCUUAUAACUGAAUAUCAUUGUCCUUAACAGGAUGUUUGCUACAGUACAGUAUGUAAGUUAUUGAUGUGCUGAUGUGAACAUGUGGGAGGGGGGGCAGGUGAAAUGAAGAAAAGUGGUUGCAGAUGAGUAAAUGUGUCCUCUUGCAUUUAAACUGAAAAAUCACAAUAUAAAUGUUCAAACCAGA